CCCGGAGGUCCCGCCCCAAGGCAGCACCCUCCCACUCGCCACGUGCUCUGCCGGGAGGGCGGCGCCUGGGUCGAGCUGAGAAGAUGUUCCUGCUGCCUCUUCCGGCUGCCGCGCGAGUCGCGCUCCGCCGCUUAGGAGUGAGGCGUCUCUGGGAUCGGGGUCUGUCUACCGCAGACAUGACGAAGGGCCUUGUUUUAGGAAUUUAUUCCAAAGACAAAGAUGAUGAUAUGCCACAGUUUACAAGUGCAGGAGAGGAUUUUAAUAAGAUGGUGGCUGGAAAGCUGAGGGACAUGUUAAACAUAUCUGGACCUCCUCUGAAGGCAGGCAAAACCCGAACCUUCUAUGGUCUGCAUCAGGACUUCCCCAGUGUGGUGGUGGUUGGCCUUGGCAAGAGAUCAGCCGGAGUUGAUGACCAGGAGAACUGGCACGAAGGCAAAGAAAACAUCAGAGCUGCUAUUGCAGCGGGAUGCAGGCAGGUUCAGGACCUGGAGCUGCCGUCGGUGGAAGUGGAUCCCUGUGGAGAUGCCCAGGCUGCUGCAGAAGGAGCUGUGCUGGGUCUCUAUGAGUAUGAUGACCUAAAGCAGAAAAAGAAGGUGGCUGUGUCGGCGAAGCUCCAUGGAAGCGGUGAUCAAGAAGCCUGGGAAAAAGGGGUCCUCUUUGCUACUGGGCAGAAUUUGGCCCGCCAGCUGAUGGAGUCUCCAGCUAAUGAGAUGACGCCAACCAGAUUUGCUGAAAUUAUUGAAAAAAAUCUCAAAAGUGCCAGUAAUAAAACAGAGGUCUAUAUCAGACCCAAGUCUUGGAUAGAGGAACAAGAAAUGGGUUCGUUCCUAAGUGUAGCCAAAGGGUCUGAAGAGCCACCAGUCUUCUUGGAAAUCCACUACACAGGCAGCCCCGAUGCAAAGGAAGCGCCCCUGGUGUUUGUGGGGAAGGGGAUUACCUUUGACAGUGGAGGUAUCUCCAUCAAGGCUUCUGCAAAUAUGGACCUCAUGAGGGCUGACAUGGGAGGAGCUGCAACAGUAUGCUCAGCCAUUGUGUCUGCAGCAAAGCUCAAUUUGCCCAUUAAUAUCAUAGGUUUGGCUCCACUUUGUGAAAAUAUGCCUAGUGGCAAGGCCAACAAGCCUGGGGAUGUCGUUAGAGCCAGGAGCGGGAAGACCAUCCAGGUUGAUAACACUGAUGCUGAAGGGAGGCUCAUCCUGGCUGAUGCUCUCUGUUAUGCUCACACCUUCAAUCCCAAGGUCAUCAUCAAUGCUGCCACCCUGACAGGUGCCAUGGACAUAGCCCUGGGAUCAGGUGCCACUGGGGUCUUUACCAAUUCGUCCUGGCUGUGGAACAGACUAUUUGAGGCCAGCAUAGAAACUGGGGACCGAGUCUGGAGGAUGCCUCUCUUCGAGCAUUAUACAAAACAAGUCAUAGACUGCCAGCUUGCUGAUGUCAAUAACAUUGGAAAAUACAGAUCUGCAGGUGCAUGUACAGCUGCGGCAUUCCUGCGGGAGUUUGUGACUCAUACAAAGUGGGCACAUUUAGACAUAGCAGGUGUGAUGACCAACAAAGAUGAGAUUCCGUACCUGCGGAAGGGCAUGAGUGGACGUCCCACGAGGACUCUGAUUGAGUUCUUACUUCGCUUCAGCAAAGACAGUUCUUAGUUCACUCAGAAAAUCCUCCAUCUGUCUUGAAUUGGAUAUUUGACCUUCAAAAUAUUUUUGAAUCAAUGAAAGUCUUUUAAAGGCAAAAAUAAAUGGUGUUCUUUUCUUAAUCUUAA